CAGAGUUCCCGUCUUCACUUACCCUUCCUCGCUACCUACCUCGGUUCCUGCCCUCCUGCCCUCUUAUCUGCACUUGCCUCCAAUUGAUUAACUGUUAUCCGUAUCUCCACACGGCGCGGUGGCGACAAAGGUGGACUAUAAGCUGGCCUCGCUGGCCUCCUCGACUGCGAGUUGUCCACCUCAUCUUCAACUUCUCGUGGAACACGUCCAUCUGAAUUGGACAUCGCCAAUAUGCCCUUCGGAUUGUUCAAGCGAAAGGAGCACGCUGCGGCCGCUCCAGCAACAGACUCAGCUGUCGCAUCGAGUCUUGAAGGGUAAGUGAUGUUGCGUGACGUUUGCGUUGAAGCGCAGAUUUAGGUUCACUUUUGCUCAUGACACUUCUCACAGCUCUGAUCCAACGGCAGUCACGAUUCAAGCAGAACUCAAGAACUUCCAGGCCGAGCACAAAUGGGACCCCAAUCUACCCGAGGAGGAGCGCGUGGCCAUUGACCAAGCACUUGAAGGCGGUGAUAUCGAAAAGAAAGCUGCUGUCGAGGUCCAUUUGCUCGAGGAAGACUCGCCAUACCCCGAGGUUCGAGCGGCCGUGAGAAACUACGAUGAAGAUGUUCCAGCCAAUACCUUGCGCGUAUGUUCCCCCAAUUGACUUCCAAAUCUGAAGUCAACUGACCAAUCUCAAAGGCCUGGAUGAUUGGAAUGUUAUGGACCACCAUGUGAACUGCCCCCCUUUUCCCUCUUGCAAUAUUCACUUCAUCCAUAUAUAUCGGCUCGGGCCAUGCCGAAAUGCAAAAGCUGAUGAUGGUGCUUUUAGUGGAUCUGCGAUCAAUAUGUUGUUUUCUCUACGAAACCCAUCCAUUGCCCUAACUCCAGUUGUGACUCUGCUUCUCUCUUAUCCUUUUGGUGUCGCUUGGGCAUAUGGUAAGUUUUCAACGUGCAUCUGCUCUCACUUCGAUCAGGGAACUGGAAAGUUUGAAGUUUCAGUGAGCUAAUCAAUCACUAGCUAUGCCAAGAAGAAAGUUCAGAACAUUUGGUUACACCUGGACACUUAACAAUGGACCUUUUAAUCAAAAAGAGCAUGCCUUGAUUGUGAUCAUGGCCAAUGCUUCUUUUGGAGGUACCUUCGCUUAUUCAACCGAUGUCUUACUUGCCCAGGAAGUCUAUUGUAUGUUUACUUUCCUGACCAAUGAGCGUUCACUAUGCUUACUCAUAUUUUCGCAGACGGUCAACGCUUUGGUUGGGGUUAUCAAUUACUUCUAACCAUCACCUGCCAAAUGCUUGGCCUCGGUCUUGCAGGUCUGACAAGAAAGUUCCUGGUAGAACCUGCUGCAAUGAUAUGGCCAUCAAACUUGGUAAGAAGGCCCUUCCAUGUGAAAUUUACAUGUAUUAAUUUGAUUUUAGAUCACCACGACAAUGUUUGAAACCAUUCACACGAAAAAGACCCCAGAUAAGCUACAACUUAGCGGUUGGAAAAUGGGUCGUUAUAAGUGGUUCCUCAUUCUCAUGAGUGCCAUAUUUGUUUGGGAAUGGUUUCCACUCUGGAUCACCCCUUUCCUUGCAACUUUCACCUUUGCAUGCUGGGCUGCCCCAAACAAUGUUGUUGUCAACCAAAUAUUUGGCGGUCAAACGGGAUUGGGUCUCAUCCCUAUCACUUUCGACUGGAGUGUCAUUACAGCAUUCGUCUUGUCCCCGCUGGUUUACCCCUUCCAUGCUAUUGCCAACACUAUGAUUGGAGUCUUUAUUUUCUUCGUCGUAGCGGCCCUAGGAAUUCAUUUCAACGGAGCUCUGUGCGUAUUAUCUUUUUCUUUAAAAUAAAAUGAAAAACAGAACUAAUUUUCUUAGCUACUCCGACUACCUUCCCAUGUCAACCGGUGGAAGUUUCGACAACACAGGCGCAGCUUACAACGUAUCCAAGAUAUUGACACCAGAAUACACACUCGACCCGGUCAAGUACUCCGAAUAUUCGCCCUUGUUCCUGUCCACCACUUUCGCUCUUGCAUAUGGUUGUUCUUUUGCUAGUAUCAUUGCGGUUGUGGUCCAUACAUACCUUUAUCACGGAACUGAGAUUUGGCACAAGUUCAAGGCCAGUCGGGAGGAGGGUGCAGACAUUCACAUGAAGUUGAUUAUGAAAUACAAGGAAGCCCCUUGGUGGUGGUAAGUUGCCUUUAUUUACGAACCUUCUCUACAUAUUUUGGUUGUGAUCUUGCUGACCACCUCUUAGGUAUUUCGUUAGUUUUAUCGUCAUGUUGGCAUUGGGUUUCACCACCACUCUAGCUUACGAUACUCAUCUCCCUUGGUGGGCAUUCAUUAUAUCUUUGCUUAUUGCCGGUUUCUUUUACAUUCCAAUUGGAAUCGUACAAGCAACCGCAAACGUACAGCUGGGAUUGAACGGUUAGUAUAAUAGCUCCCUUGACUUUCAUUGUUAAUGCUAAAAGUCAUUUCCUCUAGUCAUCACUGAGUUCAUCAUUGGUUACAUGGUUCCCGGGUACGUUAAGAUUCUCUCUCUGUCGAGAAUCUUUCUGAGUAAAUUCUAAUUCGCAAUCCAGAAAACCGCUUGCAAUGAUGAUGUUCAAAAUGUAUGGUUAUAUCACCUGCUACCAAGGUCUCUACUUCACCCAGGAUCUCAAACUAGCACACUACAUGAAAGUUCCGCAGCGUGUAACAUUCUGGGCUAUGUUCACAGCCACUCUAUGGUCCUGCUUCGUUCAAAUUGCUGUCCUAAACUGGGCACUCGGCUCUAUCGACGAAGUCUGUACCCCAGAUCAACCAAACAAUUACAGUUGCCCCAACGCCCAUGUUUUCUUCACUGCAUCCAUCAUUUGGGGUGUCAUCGGUCCAGACAGAAUCUUCGGCUCCAAGGGAAUUUACAACCCUAUGAUGUACUUCUUCAUCCUUGGUCUCGGCUCCCCAAUUAUCGUCUGGCUCCUCGCAAAGAAAUUCCCCCGUUCUCCUCUCCGUUACGUUAGCACACCUAUCAUCUUCGGAGGAACCGCCUACAUUCCACCUGCGACCAUCUUGACCUAUGGCUCAUGGGGAUUCAUCGGCACCAUGUUCAACAAGCUGAUCAAGGGACGCCAUCCAGGCUGGUGGGCAGAAUACAACUACAUUACCAGUGCUGCUCUUGAUAGCGGUACUAUCAUUUGCAUCCUCUUCAUCUUCUUUGUGUUGCAGCUGCCUAACAAGGUGACUGCACCCGAGUGGUGGGGUGGAUUUGGGGGAGGAUACCAGAACAACGGGGACUGGAAUGCGGUGGUCAAGACCGUUUUAACGAAUGGUACAUUUGGACCUACCUCGUGGUCCUAGGUUUAUGUUUCAAGAUGGGCGGGGGAUGAUUUGUAUGAAGUAUGAUGGAAUGAAUAUGGGUGGCUUGUUCUUUCUUUUUCCUACUAGCUUCAGGGAUUCAAGAUUACUUGCUUGUUAAUUGCUAUGCCGUGGGUUUAUACAGCUCGUAACAGGUCUUGAAGAUGAGCUUUGGUCACUAAUUACAAUCUACAAUUGCUUGCUGCAUUCCAUCGCUGAUACGAA